GUGCGACGCGCUCCGCGGCUAGACGUGGGGCAGGUCGGCGGGCUGAGACUACGUUGCAUAAUGCACCCCGUGUUCGCGCGGCGCGCACGGCCUAGCUUCACUCCCGCUGCCGCGAGUUAUCCCGCGCGCUGACGUCGCCGGGUACCCCGCACCGCCAGCGCCAGCCUGCUGCGCCGGUUGAGCCGACAUGAGAGCGCGGCGCCGGCUGCGGCCUCUCGUCCCAUUGCUGGCGCUCCGCAUACUCCUCGAGUAUCUUAAGUCACUUGACGUCGCACUCGCAUUCAAAUCUCCGCCAAAGACUAAUACAAAAUUCUACCGCCGUCUUUGUAAAUAGAACAGUUUAUUUUCAAGAAUGUCAGGAAUAGUUUCUCACAAAUUACUGUACAUUUGCAGAAAAUGAACACUGGAAUAUUCAAUUAAGAAGACAAAAAUUCUCACAAAAUGAGACUAUCGACGAACGAGGAAAUGCCGAGCACGACAGUGGGGCGCACGAGCAGCCCGGAGAGCGCUGCAGCCGUGAGCGCGGUGAGCGGCGCGGGCGGCUACGAUGUCACGCGCAUGUGUGAAGAAGAGUUCGAGAGACUCACUGUCUACAUCGUGCCUGACGUGCCCUGCGAACGCGGAACCCCCAACAGAGCCGAGAAGACUCUACCCCGCAGCUUGGCCCUUAGACCUUCAGCAGUAUUAUCUACCCCCAACACUCCGACGGAAGGUGUGUGGAGCAUAGGAGUGAUCCCUCGAGGCACACGAUUUGGGCCUUUUGAGGGCACCCGUACGCCCAACAAGCCCAAUGAUAAAGUUUCGUGGAGAUACUACUGGAGGGUACAAGAAACUGUCAGGCAUCAUACGUAUGGAAACAUCAAGAUAUUCAAAGACAGUGACUACUAUUACCUGGACGGAUCGGACACGAGUGUAGCGAACUGGAUGCGCUACGUUGCCUCUGCUUACUCCUUGUCCGUGAUGAACUUGGUCGCAUGCCAGCACCAAGAACACAUAUACUUUUAUACCAUCAGAGAUAUCAUGCCAAACGAAGAGUUGAUGGUUUGGUAUUGCAAAGAUUUUGCAACCAGACUAGGUUACGACAUCGAUCCUGAAAGAGCAACAUAUUCUAUAUGUAAAGAAGAAACCAUAAAAAAAGCCUACGGUUUGCCGCCAGCACCCGUACAUCCCGAAAUUGCCUUUAACCACAUGAAAUAUGUACUCGGUUUAACUAACACCAAGGAAUUACUAGAAGCGGAAAUACCCAGUCGUCGAAGAAAACGUGAAGCCAUUGAUAAAACCUAUCAAGACAGCGCUCCGGCCUUGCCGCGUGAAGAGUCACGUACCAUCAAUAAGAACGAAAGAUCUGUCGUUAGAACGGAUAUUUCCACAAACCUAAUGCACAAUAAAUCCGAACACGCGAUUCUCCAUGAACAACGUCCUUUGACACCGAUCGGGUUAAUGCAACCACCAUCUCCAGUAAAAAUUCAUCACAGGGAAAAUCCAACCUUAAUUAUACAUCAACACAAAGAAAGUACCUCACAUGUGGUAAUACAUCAAAUGGAUAAUCCUAGAAUUCACGGCAGUCGAUCACCUGCCCAAAAUCAACACUUUAGAGAUAUGCGAGGACCGUCUCCUAUGUCACAAAACCAUCACGAAAAGUUGGGAAGUAAAUCUCCCAAUCUAACCCACUGCAGUGCACCUCACUAUGAGCACCAACUGACUCCAAACGACGGCUCUGUUAGAUCGGAUGAAGGCUACCACAGCAAUGGCUAUCAUGACGAAUUUACUCCUCCGGAAGAUUCUAGUGACUCUGAUGUGGAAAACUAUGUAUUGGAUUGUUCUAAUAAAACAAAUGAACCUAAAGAAACUGUCAUAGUUCAAAAAAUGGACCAGGACAUGCACCGUAAUGAAUACAGAAAAGUCAAAAUCAAAAUGCCUAGAGCAUACCAAUAUCAGAAUCACAAGGAUAUGGAUUGUGAAAGUGAAAAAGAAUUGAUAAUUGCCGAAGAAGUGACCGACGUGUUACCUCAGAAUUUGUCACCACCGCGGCGUGAUCCUGCUACCUCAACUGUCAUUGUACUAGAAUCGUCUCAAAAUACUGUGGUGCCAUUGAAUAAACCAUAUUACGAGGAUGGCACGGUAUCGCCUACUCCACAACCAGCUUUUAUGAGAUAUUCUCCACCGGACACUCGAAUUUUGGAAACCAUACUAACAGGGAAUAGAAUUGAUACCAACAACAACGAUCCUAGCCGUCGGCAACCAAACGCCACACCACCACCUUCUUCGCCGACUGAAAUGGCGUAUUCUUAUAAAAAGAGCCAAAGGUAUGGCAACGCUUGCAGCCCAGACUCAAGUUCGAAUUUAACUCCUUUGCCGUCAUUACUGCCAUUACCCCAGCAACUGCCAGCACCCAAUGCGGUGUCUGUGUAUUCGUCCUCACCACCACACACUAUUCCCCAUACCACGGAAAUCCGUGAAAUUCGAGAAAUAAGAGAGAUACGUGAAACUCGUUAUGAGAGUCACUAUCCAAAUUACUCAUACAGCUUGUAUUCUCCGCCAAAUUCAACAAUUAUUACUCAAUUGGGAUCUCCUCCAAGCACUUAUUCACCCACUGUGUCUUCGACCCAUCAGUACGAAAGAUCACCAAAUGGACAAAGUAAUCAUCACUAUCCGUCAUCUACUAGCGUAAUUACACUUAAGAACUGUUCUCAACUGAGUUUAAUUCAAAAUUCUAACGUAAACAAUCAGCUCGUCCCGCCCCAUGGCAGUAUGAGUCCUGAUGACUCUUGCAACAUGCUGUUGAGCCCUAAUUCGCAGUCAUCGAGAGGGUACAGAAGUUUGCCGUAUCCAUUAAAGAAAAAAGAUGGAAAAAUGCACUACGAGUGUAAUGUGUGCUGCAAGACUUUUGGUCAACUUUCUAACCUAAAAGUUCACUUGAGAACCCAUUCAGGAGAGCGACCAUUUAAAUGUAACGUUUGUAAUAAAUCAUUUACACAGCUGGCUCACCUGCAGAAACAUCAUCUUGUACAUACAGGGGAAAAACCUCAUCAAUGCGAUAUUUGCAAGAAGAGAUUUUCGUCCACGUCGAAUCUGAAGACACAUUUACGUCUACACUCGGGUCAGAAACCUUACGCGUGCGAUUUAUGUAUGCAGAAAUUCACACAAUUCGUCCACUUAAAACUACAUAAGCGACUUCACACAAAUGACAGGCCAUACGUGUGCCAAGGAUGCGAUAAGAAAUACAUCAGCGCUUCGGGUCUGCGCACCCAUUGGAAAACCACGAGUUGCAAGCCCAACAAUAUAGAAGAGGUUCUGGCCAUCACCAAUGCUGCCAAUACGGAAUGUAUAGGUUCCGUCGACAAAGACUGCCACGAAAGAGAGGGGCACGAAUACGAGGCUCACUCAGCUUCACAAGGAGGGCUGGUGGGAGCCGGAGGGGCGCGAGUGCCGAUGUCUCAUAGCGAGGCCCUGCUGGGGGGGCACGCCCACUCCACCACGCCACACCUGGUGACGGGGCAUGGGUCGCUGUCACCGACGCAGUACCGGGCGCUGCCACCGCCACCGGACCACGAACCGCAACACUACGGCACGCCUGCCGUUGAGUCGCGACCUAGCGUCAUCGAAUCCAGCCAGCCACUCAUCAUUGAGUGCACUUGAGAGCACCGCAAUCCGCAGCCGCUCUCAUCGUACUCGUCGGACGCGUGUUUCCCCGCCGCAUUAUGUGAUUCCCCGCUUGUGAUCUAUCGAAAGUAUUUGAGAAAAGGACUACACAGAGACGAGCUCGUCGCCUCGUCUCGACCAGUGGCUAUGAGAUUACGAUAUGAACGUUAAGUUGUACAUUUGUAAAAUAAUUAGAAUUUAUUAUGAAUGUGAAUACAAUACUGAUAAGUACUAAGUACUUAUAUAAAGUUAGUCCUCUUGGGAGCCUGUAAGUAAUAGGUAAGUAUUAAGCAUUUGACUACUACAUAUAAGGUUUCAGCAACCUUUGUUUAUAAUAAUGCUCAAUUUUAUACAUAAAAGUAGAAUUCUAUUGUAAAUAGGAUUUUUGUGACAUCGACGUAAUUAAUUUCUUUUUUCCAUGCAAUGUAAAAAAAACGCAUAAUAGAUAUACUUACGUUAUAAAGUCCAAGCAUCAUGUUUACUUUGAUAUUAAAUAGCAAUAUUAUACUGUAUUUGGCCAGGAUUUGGAUGUUCAUCUGCAACCUUGAUGUAGUAACAAUCCUGAAGGAACACUUCACCAAAGAGUCCAAUCUGUCGUUCACUCUUCAUACCACCCGCUGUUUCAAUUGACAACCUUGCUGCCUCACAGGCUAACUACAAGUUUUUUUUGUUUUCAAAGUGUUUAACCACUGUAUAUGGUAUGUAUUGAGUAUUUGGAAAAAAUCAACUGAUUAGAAAUAAGUGCCAAAAGCGCAUGAUAUUUUUAAGUUUCGUAAGAGACGUUCGUAUAGUAUAUUUUAAAUCGUUGUUCCUAUGAAUAAAGGAGAGUAAGCGCAUGUGUGCAUAAACCUAUGUCUAAUAUUAUUUAGAUUAGAAUCGAUGAAUUGUGUACAUUUCCCUACGCUAGAACAAAUGGUGCUUCACAUCGUAGAGUAGUGAUCGGUUCGGUCAGAUCGCGUAGGCCGGUCGGUCCGACGGCGUAGCACGACGAACGACACUGCGAUUAAUGUUAAUUCACCGAGUCUACUAGUUACUAUUUUAUACUCCAAAUUCCAAGCAAUUAUGAUUCUCCUAUUCGAAAAGGCUGACAUAAAUUUAGUAAUGUAAUGUUUGGUGAAGAUUUUAACAUAAGUACCCAAAAGGAUUACACGAUGUGUAAGAAUGAAGCAGAAUCGUUUGUAAUAAGGUGUUAGAUCAUACGUGAUGUAAAAACCAAACAAUAGCUUUUUGUAUGUUUCUAUCGUUCGUAUGUACGUAUUUAAGAUUUUUACAAGCUAACACAUAUAAAUCUAUCCAUUCGUAUAUUUUAUACCAUUUCUAGUGCUAAAAAUUUAUAGUGUUUAAAAUUCGAAAGGACUUUUCUAAAAGCGUGAUUGAAAAAGAAAUCUUUGGCGAAUAUCCUUUAAGUCUUCAUUAAUUCAAAGUCCAAAUUACGUAUAGUUUCCGUAUCGUUAUAGUUAAGCAACAUGUACAUUUUAUGAGCGAAUAACGCAUUACAAAUUCAUUUCAAUGUAUCUUGAAGACACGUACAUAACAGUAGUAUACUGAUUUCUGAUGAACAAGAAAACUUUCGUAUGUCUAGUUUAAUCUAGAGCAAAAACUCAGUAAAAAUAUUUUUCUAAACGUGCUAUUGUACAAUUUAUUGUCCUAAACUUAUAUUAUAAUAUUGAACUAAAGUAUUGAAGUUAUAUAAAAUUUAAUUGAGUUUUAUUUCCGUGUUAUUAAAUUUUCGACGUCGUUUGGGUUUAAUACAGUAUGAUGUUAAAUUUAUUACAUUGUAUUCUGCAAAAUUAUCAUUUGUCAAAGCGCAUAAUAUUAAAUCAAAUUAAUAAAUUCACUUGUUUAUACUCUAAGAACUUCUCGUCAUUCCUUAUUAGAACUAAAUAUUUAUAUGAAGAGUUAUUAUAUUUUCAUUGAUUUUUACAUAACUGGUAUAGUUAUACUUACUUUGUAAACGCAAAUAAAACAAUCUGUAAGGUGCAAGCAUCAAAUCGAUUAUGUAACUUUGAUAUAGGUAUAUUUACUUACGUACCUACGUUUAAAGACUACUUUAUUCGAAAAAUGUUACAUUUAUCAAUCUGAUGUAGACUUAAUGAAAAUUAUAGCAGCACUUCUAUUUUCACCAACUCAAAAGUAUAAAAUUGUAAAUAUACUUCCUUAUCGAUAUUCAAUUUUUUUCCAAUAUCAAUGUUUACGAUAUCCCAUCAGCCGAUAAAUUAUAGAUCUCAUCGAAAAAUCUUGUAUAAAACAUUGUAACAACUUAAAACACUUCAUACGUAAUAAUAAUAAAGGUUUCAAAUUCGUUAGUGUACGAUUUGUACGAUUUUGUAAUUUAUAUAUUAUGUAGAACAUUUUUUAUUUGUCUUCCCAUUAUAUAUAAUAUUGGUCAUUUGCGAAUUUGACUGUUUUUGUAGGUAGUACAAGUCCCUUUACAGUAUUCAAGUUACGUCAUCAAAUCGUACACUAAUAAACUAGUGACCCUAUAAUGUACAAUACCUCACGGUUCUGCAAAGUAAGCAAUAAUAUUGUCACUACCAUAUAUAUCUAAUACAACUUUGGCUAAAAUAUUUAUAGAAAUGUAUUGGACUCGACACAAUGUAACGAGUUAUAUGUCUAACUUAUACGCCAGAAAUUUAUUACUAUAAAGGCUUGUAAUUUUGUACACCUCAAUCAAUAAUUGUUUUAAAACACCAAAUCCAUUAAAACAGGAGUAAAAAAUAAAUCGUUAUUUCAUUGUUCCAACCUAUUAG